AUGAGAAUAAAAUUACAUGAAACAACCGAAAAAAAUAUUAUGGCAUCUAUUAAAGUAGCAUACAGACAAGCAGAUUUUCCACUAAUACCUUCUUUGGUAGAAAAUGACAAGACACAUAUUGCACACAACAAAGAAAUAAUUAGACAUUUAAUUGACAUUACUUUAUUUCUUAGCAGACAUUGUUUGUCUUUUCGGGGACACAAAGAGAAUAAAAAUGAGGAUAUUCGAGGAAAUUUCAAAGAUCUAGUUGCACUGUUAGCUAAAUACUCUCCAGCCUUAGCAUCGCACAUAACUGAAGUUGAAAUAAAAGAUAGAAAAACACAUAAUUUUUUGUCCUGGCAAAGGCAAAAUCAGUUAAUUCAAGCUAUCUCAACAAAAAUUCGUAGCAGCAUUCAACAAGAACUAUUGAGUGCUACAUAUUUCAGUGUUUCGUUGGACAUUACUUUUGAUAUAUCAAGGAAAGAACAAUUAUCUCUCGUAUUUCGAUAUAUUAAUAAAGGAAUAAUAUGUGAACGACUCGUCGCAGUACGUGAGACGCUCCUUACAACUGGACAGCAUCUUUUCACUAUGUUCAAAAAUAUUUGUGAAGAAAUAAAGUUAAACUGGAGACAGCAUCUUGUUGGUCAGUCAUUUGAUGGAGCUGCCUCAAUGCGAGGCACUUAUAAUAAUGGACUUCAAGCAUUUAUUAGAGAACAAAAUUCAAGUGCAAUAUAUGUUUGGUGUUAUGCACAUCGUUUUAGCUUGGUUGUGGUUGACGCUGUAAGUAGUUGUCUCGAAGCCCGUGAUUUGUUUGGGAACCUAGAGUUACUGUUCGAUUUUAUUGGAAGUAGUAAGAAUUGGUCUUUAUUCUAA